AUGCUUUUAUUUUCUGUUAUACAUAUAAAAAAAAUCAAGAAAUCCUUGACAAAAGGCCUUGAUGAAGCUCAUAUAAAAUUUGCAUUACGAAAAUUGGCGAAAUUGCAUGCAACAUCAGCUGUAUUAAAUGAACGUGAACCAAAUUCAUUUAAAACAUAUGAUCGGGGAUUUUUUAAUAGACAUACAAAUUCAUAUGCAAAAUUCGGUGCAGAAUAUAUAAAAUAUAGUGAAAAAAUUGAAAAAUUAGUACCACAAUUAAUGGACAUUGGACGAAAAUUAUUUGAUGUACAAGAACAUGAAUUCAAUUCAUUUGUACACGGUGAUUUUUGGGUGAAUAAUUUAUUGUAUAAAUAUGACGAAAAACAGAUUAAUAAGCCAUUAGAAGCUAUUAUCUUAGAUUAUCAGUAUAGUUUCUAUGGUUCAUCCGUACUCGAUUUACUUUAUUUUAUGAAUACAUCUAUGAAAGAAGAAUUGAGAUUAUCAGAAGAAGAUAAAUAUAUACAAUACUAUCAUAAUUUUCUGGUUGAAAUAUUAAAAAAACUUAAGUUCAAUGGUAAAAUUCCCACCCUACAUGAAUUUCAUAUUCAAUACAUUACAAAAGAGUUCUUUGCUUUUCAUUCAAGUUGUGUUAUUCAACCAGUAAUGCUUAACGAAGAGACAGAAGAUGCUGAUUUUAAUGCUUUAAUGGCCGAAGAUGAAAGGGCUUUUAAUUUUAAGAGAACCAUCUACAAAAACAAAAGGGUGGUACAAAAUUUAAAAAACUUAUUACCCCACUUUGAUAGAAGGGGUAUUCUUGAUACAAAACUUGAAAAUUUAUAUAUCAAGUUAGAGAAUAGUGACAUUAAAAAUUUUAAAAUGGAAAAGUUUACUGUAACUUGUUCUAAAAAGCUUUGCAUAAAUAUAAUUCAACAUAUUAUAUUGACCACUGGUUACCUUUUUGCUCCUAUUGAAUAUUUAAUGCUACAAGUAGUUCUUAAAACUUACGUUCAGAGUAUAUCAAGUGUAUUAGCUUUAAUACAAAUUUCUGUAGAAUAA